AUGGAUACCUUUGAAUACCUUGAGAAAACAUUGAAGGAGCGUAUCAUGUUCCUUGAUGGUGCUAUGGGUACCAUGGUGCAGAGACUCAAGUUGGAGGAAUCCCAUUUCAGAGGCGAGGAAUUCUUGACCUGGUCCAAAGAUUUGAGGGGUAACAACGAUCUAUUGACCCUCACCUUGCCCGAUGCCAUUUAUGGCAUCCAUCGCCAAUACCUGGAAGCUGGUGCUGAUAUGAUUGAAACCAAUACCUUCAGUUCUACUUCAAUCGCUCAAUUGGAUUACGCCUUAGAAGACUAUGCUUAUCGUCUCAAUAAGGAAGGUGCUGCCUUGGCUAAAAGAGCUUGUGAAGAUGUUACCAGAGAAACAGGUAUUCGUCGCUUUGUAUGUGGUGCUAUUGGUCCUACCAAUCGUACUUGUUCUAUUUCUCCUUCCGUCGAAAAUCCUGCUUUUAGAAACGUUACAUUUGAUGAACUUGUCACUGCUUAUUCAGAGCAAGUGCGUGGUUUGAUGGAUGGUGGUGCCGAUAUUUUGUUGGUGGAGACUAUUUUCGAUACAUUGAAUGCAAAGGCUGCUUUGUUUGCCAUUGAUCAAGUGUUUGAAGACGACAAGCGCCCCAAGGUCCCCAUCUUCAUCUCAGGUACCAUUGUGGAUCAGAGUGGUCGUACACUUUCAGGUCAAACUGGCGAGGCAUUUGUCACCUCUCUCAACCAUGCCAAGCCUGUGGCCUUUGGUUUGAAUUGUGCUUUGGGUGCUGAACAAAUGAAGCCUUUUGUGCAGAAUAUCAGUCGAUUCACCGAUGCUCACAUUAUUUGUUAUCCCAAUGCUGGUCUGCCUAAUGCUAUGGGUGAAUACGAUGAGAGUCCCGAGGCCAUGGCUAUUAAUGUGGAACCCUUUGCAAAGGAAGGUCUAGUAACCAUUGUGGGUGGUUGUUGUGGUACCACCCCAGAUCACAUCAAGGCUGUCGCUGAUGUCUGUAGAAAAUACAAGCCUCGUCCCAAGCCAGCAGACAAAUCCAAUGUCAUGUUGCUAUCCGGUCUUGAAGUGCUUCGUGUGGACGAAACUACUGGUUUUGUCAAUGUGGGUGAGCGUUGUAAUGUCGCUGGUUCCAGAAAGUUUUGUAGACAUAUUUUGAAGGGUGAAUUCGAAGAAGCCCUAGCCAUUGCCAGAUCUCAAGUAGAAAACGGUGCUCAAGUGGUGGAUGUCAAUUUUGAUGAAGGCUUGCUGGACGGUAAAGCUGCCAUGACCAAAUUUCUCAACAUGCUGGCGUCUGAUCCCGAUUGUUCUCGUGUGCCAUUGAUGGUGGAUUCAUCCAACUUUGCUGUCAUUGAAGCCGGUCUUCGUUGUGCCCAAGGUAAAUGUAUCGUCAACUCCAUUUCGCUCAAGGAAGGUGAAGAGGAGUUUAUCAAGAAGGCCAAGAUCAUCAAGCGAUUUGGCGCUGCCGUGGUUGUCAUGGCCUUUGAUGAAGUGGGCCAAGCUGCUGAAGCAGAUCGCAAGAUUGAAAUAUGUACUCGCUCUUAUAACAUCCUGGUGGACAAGGUGGGCUUCAACCCCUAUGAUAUCAUCUUUGACCCCAACAUCUUGACCAUUGCUACCGGUAUGGAGGAGCACAACAAUUACGCUGUCGAGUUUAUCAAUGCUUGUAAGGGUAUCAAGGAGACGCUCCCCGGUGCCAAGAUCAGUGGUGGUGUGUCCAACUUGUCGUUUGCUUUUCGUGGUAUGGACAAAGUGCGUGAAGCCAUGCACUCUGUCUUUUUGUAUCACACUACCAAGGUCGGCAUGGAUAUGGGUAUUGUCAAUGCGGGUUUCUUGACCGUCUACGAUGAUAUUCCCAAGGAUCUGCUGCAACUUUGCGAGGAUGCUGUGUGGAAUCGCGAUCCCGAAGUCACUGAGAAGCUGUUGGACUAUGCAAAGGCUCAUUCCAAAGACGCCAAGAAGGACGAAGAUUUGGAAGAGUGGAGAGCCUGGCCCGUCACUGAACGUAUCAGCCAUGCUCUUGUGAAGGGUAUCAUGAAAUACAUUGUGGAAGACACUGAAGAAGCACGUCUCGACAAGGAGAAAUACCCUCGUUCGCUCAACGUGAUUGAAGGUCCUUUGAUGGCUGGUAUGAAUGUCGUUGGUGAUUUGUUUGGUAAGGGCAAGAUGUUCUUGCCUCAAGUCAUUCGUUCUGCUCGUGUCAUGAAGAAGGCUGUUGCUCAUUUGGUCGAAUUCAUCAAGAUCGAAAAGGAGGCUGACAUGCUGCUCUCUGGUGAAACCGAAAUCAAGGGUAAUGGUACCAUUGUGAUGGCCACUGUCAAGGGUGAUGUCCACGAUAUCGGCAAGAAUAUUUGUGGUGUCGUAUUAGGUUGUAACAACUACAGAGUCAUUGAUAUGGGUGUCAUGGUGCCUUGUGAUAAGAUUAUCAAAACGGCCAUUGAGGAAAAGGCCGAUGUCAUUGGUCUUUCUGGCCUGAUUACUCCCUCUUUGGAAGAAAUGGUCAUUGUGGCAAAGGAAUGCCAAAAGGCUGGUCUCAAGAUUCCCAUUCUCAUUGGUGGUGCUACUACCUCCAAGAUGCACACAGCUGUCAAGAUUGCUCCUCAGUAUUCUGCUCCUGUUAUCUACGUCUUGGAUGCUUCUCGUAGUGUCCCUGUAGUCGCUAGUCUGUUGGAUGACAACAUGAAGGAAGAGUUUGCCGAAGACAUUCGCGAUGAAUACGACGAAAUGCGUGAAGAAUACUACGAAGGUCUCGAAGAACGCCAUCUCUUGACAUUGCAAGCUGCCAGAGACAAGAAGAUGGUCAUUGACUGGAUCCAAAACCCUCCUCCCGCUAAGCCUACCUUCUUGGGUGAGAAGGUGUAUGACAAUUAUCCUCUCGAAAAGCUUGUUGAGCACAUUGACUGGAACCCCUUCUUCCAAGUCUUCCAACUGCGUGGCCGCUAUCCCAACAGAGGCUUCCCCAAGAUUUUCGAUGAUGAACAUGUGGGUGAAGAGGCCAAGCGACUCUACAACGACGCUAAGGAAAUGCUGGACAUGAUUAUCUCCAAGAAGCUGCUUACAGCUCGCGGUAUUGUUGGCUUCUACCCUGCUCAUUCGGUUGGCGAUGAUAUCGAGAUUUACACUGAUGCGUCUUGCGAACAAGUAGCUGCUACUUACUAUGGUCUUCGUCAACAAGUGGAGAAGGAGACCGAUGAGCCUUACUACUGCUUGUCUGAUUUCGUGUCACCCAAGGAAUCUGGUGUUCCUGAUUACCUUGGCAUGUUUGCUGUCAGUACUGGCUUUGGUUGUGAGGAAUUGGUCGCGCAAUACGAAGCUGAUGGCGAUGAUUAUAACAGUAUCAUGGCAAAGGCUAUUGCAGAUCGUUUAGCUGAGGCAUUUGCUGAAGCACUCCACGAAGAAGUCCGUAGAAAGGAUUGGGGCUAUGCCUCUGACGAAAGUUUAUCAGCUGCUGACCUCUUUGCUGUUCGUUAUCAAGGUAUUCGUCCUGCUCCUGGUUAUCCCUCUCAGCCUGAUCACACUGAAAAGAAGACCAUGUGGGAUUUGGGUCAGAUUGCUGAGAAGACGGGCAUUACUUUGACUGAAUCUCUUGCUAUGGAUCCUCCCGCUAGUGUCAGUGGCCUGUUCUUUGGUCAUGAACAGAGUAAAUACUUUGCUGUGGGUAAGAUCGAGAAGGAUCAAAUCCAAGACUAUGCUGCUCGUAAGAAUAUGGAUGUCGAGACUGUUGAGAAGUGGUUGGGCACUAUCCUUGCCUAUGACAACUAA